AUGCGAGAUGGAGCGCUUCCUUCAGAGGCAGAUGGGACACAGACGGGCGCAAUAGAUAUUGCGGCGAGGAGGUUGCCCGACUUUGUGUCGGUCACUCGUGGGCCGGGCAUGCGCAGUAAUCUCUUUACUGGCCUUGAUACUGCAAAGGGACUCGCUGUCGCAUGGCAGAAACCUCUCGUUGGAGUACAUCACAUGCAAGCUCAUGCCCUCACACCACGCAUGGUCAGCGCCCUCGAAGCCCACGUCGAGCAGAAAGAUCCGUCCGCCGAAACAGUCCUUCACGAUCCGACAACGACCGAACUUCCUCCCAAGUUCCCAUUCCUAUCGGUUCUUGCAUCUGGAGGCCAUACGUUGCUCAUACACUCGGCGUCCUUGACAGACCAUCGCGUUCUAGGCUCUACAAAUGACAUUGCUAUUGGGGAGUGUUUGGACAAAAUAGCACGCGUCGUACUGCCUGCAGAGAUAAUGCAGACAUCGAAGAGUACUAUGUACGGAGCGCUUCUAGAAGCGUUUGCUUUACUAGACAUUCCACGAACACGGCCAACACCUGGCGACUCAUCCACAGCUGUUUCAACCCCAUCUGUGCAUACUGCCAAGACCUACCUAGAAACCUUCGGCUGUCAAUACAGCUGGUACGAGGUGCCGGUGAACCAUGAAGACGCGAUGCGGAAGAGCGCAACCAAAUGGGGCUGGGCUCUCAACCGACCACUGACCAAGGCAGGUGGAGGGGUCAAAAUCAACAGUCUCGAGUUGAGCUUUUCCGGCAUUACCACAAUGGUUGAGCGCAUCGUUCGAUUUGGCAUGGAUCCGGCGACAAGAAAAUUCAACAAAGUCGAGAGGGCGGCUGUCGACGUCAGCAUCGAAGAACGGAAAGAUCUAGCACGUGAGACUAUGCGUGCUGCGUUUGAACAUGUCGCUUCGCGGGUGGUUCUAGGCCUGCAAUCUCAACAGGACAUCGUACAUGCACCCGCAGUUGUCAUGGCUGGUGGUGUGGCCGCCAACUUAUUUCUUCGACACAUAUUAGCAAAGACGCUUUGCGCCCAUGGGUUUCCGGAUGUUGAACUACAUUUUCCGCCACCCAAGUUUUGCACCGACAAUGCUGCAAUGAUAGGAUGGGCUGGCCUCGAGAUGUUCGAAGCCGGCUACCUCGCUCCACUCAGCAUACGGGCAAUACGCAAAUGGCCGCUGGAUAAGCUCUUAGAUCCUCCGUCGGAUGGGUGA